GUAUAAGGCAGUAUCUACGGUCUGCAAUCUGUAUGUAACUAAUCGUAUAACCGUUCCCUUUGACGAACCAGGCUCUCCUCUCUAUCCAUCUAUAUAUAAAUAUAUAUAACACGCGCUGAUUCACAUGCUGAUUACAUGUAUUGAAUAAAUUGGGCGCACAACAUGUGUUCCAUUGACUGAGAUUUUCGUUGUAACUGUCUUCUAUUGGGUGAUCGAUGAUCUGAGCUGUAUGUAGAGGGGCAGAGUUUAUUCAUAAUGGCCUCAAGAGCGAUAUUGCGAAGGAAGAGGCACCUCUUCAAUUAUCUGAAUCAGCCCACAUGCUUGAUUCGGGGUUUUUCAUGUUUUGAGUAUGGGGGUUCAUCUCAGCUUCCUGAUUCACGGGAUUUGAGUUCGGCUGCCAGUUGUCCAUCUGUGGAUACAGAUAAUAGAAAUGCAGAUUUAUUUUCCCUAACCAAGGGGGAGUCAUCAAGUUUAUCUGCAAGAGUAUUUCUGAGGCAGAACUAUUGUGUAAUUCCAACUCCGGGUUAUGGCACUGGAAGAACAGGGUUUUUAUCCCCUUUGGGAGUUAGAUGGAUAUCGGAGUCCAUGCGCUAUUCUUCAACCGCUACAGCAGGGCAACCAAAAUUGAAUAGCGAUAAUGAUGGAAAUGAAGAAAAGGAUGCUAAACAAAGAAAGGAAGCUUCACCGGAAGAAUGUGACCAAGCAGUCGAAGGUCUGAGCACGGUGAAAGCCAAAGCCAAAGCUAAGAAGCUGCAAGAACCCCAGAAGGGUGCUAAAUUUAUAAUAAAGAGACUAUGGACUAUGCUUUUAGGGAUUGGUCCUGCAAUGAGAGCCGUUGCAUCUAUGAGCAGGGAGGACUGGGCAAAGAAGCUUCACCACUGGAAGGAUGAAUUUAAAUCUACAAUGCAACACUACUGGUUGGGUACAAAACUACUUUGGGCUGAUGUUAGAAUAAGCUCGAGGUUGCUUAUAAAACUUGCUGGUGGGAAAGGUCUUUCUAGGAGGGAAAGGCAACAACUCACUCGAACGACAGCCGAUAUUUUCAGGCUAGUUCCUGUUGCAGUUUUUAUUGUAGUUCCAUUCAUGGAGUUCUUACUGCCAGUAUUCCUGACAUUGUUUCCCAACAUGUUGCCGUCAACCUUCCAGGACAAAAUGAAAGAACAGGAGGCACUGAAAAGGAAGCUAAAUGCAAGAAUAGAAUAUGCGAAGUUUCUACAGGACACAGUAAAAGAAAUGGCCAAAGAAGUCCAAGACUCAAGAAGUGGAGAAACUAAAAGAACAGCGGAAGAUCUUGAUGAAUUUAUGAACAAGGUUAGAACAGGUGCUGGCGUUUCGAAUGACGAAAUUUUAGGCUUUGCCAAGUUGUUCAAUGAUGAGCUUACUCUGGAUAACAUAAGCAGGCCUCGGCUUGUAAAUAUGUGCAAAUAUAUGGGUAUCAGCCCAUAUGGUACAGAUGCGUAUUUGCGUUAUAUGCUUCGGAAGAGACUUCAACAGAUCAAGAAAGAUGACAGGAUGAUCCAAGCAGAAGGUGUGGAAACCCUUUCAGAACAGGAGCUUCGUCAAGCUUGUAGAUACCGGGGAUUACUUGGAUUAUUGUCAGUGGAUGAAAUGCGACAACAGCUGCGUGAUUGGCUGGACUUGUCUCUCAACCACUCUGUACCAUCUUCUCUUUUGAUUCUUUCGAGAGCUUUCAGUGUGUCUGGAAAAGUGAAACCUGAGGAAGCUGUUCAAGCUACGCUGUCCUCUCUGCCAGAUGAAGUGGUGGACACAGUUGGAGUGACGGCUUUGCCAUCUGAAGAUUCUGUUUCAGAUAGGAGGAGGAAGUUGGAGUUCCUAGAAAUGCAAGAAGAACUAAUCAAGGAGGAGGAAGAGGGAGAGGAAGAGGAGCAGGCCAGGAUGAAGGAAUCUGUUGCUAGGCAAAAGGAUGUGGCUUUGGAAGAGAUGACUACUUCAACAGCAAACGAAGCCCAGGAACUGGCAAAAGGAAAAACAUUGGAGAAUGAGGAGCAGCUUUGUGAGCUCAGUCGUGCAUUGGCUGUUUUAGCAUCAGCAUCUUCGGUGAGCAGGGAGCGUGAAGAGUUCUUGAGACUUGUCGAUAAGGAGAUAGGAUUGUACAAUAGCAUGGUAGAGAAAGAGGGUACAGAAAGUGAAGAUGCUGCCAAGAAGGCAUACAGAGCUGCGAGGGAGGAUAGAGACGAAACUGCUGAGACAGCCAUUGACAACAAGGCUUCUUCAGCACUCAUAAACAGGGUUGAUGCUAUUCUUCAAAAGCUUGAGAAAGAAAUCGAUGAUGUGGAUGCAGAAAUUGGUGAUCGCUGGCGGUUGCUUGAUAGGGAUUAUGAUGGCAAAGUGACUCCUGAGGAAGUAGCAUCUGCGGCUAUGUACCUGAAGGACACCUUGGACAAAGAGGGUGUUCAAGAACUUAUCAGCAACCUUUCCAAAGAUAGAGAAGGGAAGAUCCUCGUCGAAGAUAUUGUCAAAUUAGGCAGUCGAAUAGAAGAUGUCGAUGCAACCGAACCAGAAAAAGUAUGACUGCUUUGGGACAUCAUGCAGUGCUGGCUUUGUGUAGCGAAUAAAUUGUGAUUCCUUGAUACAGUUGAAGAUAAUAUAUAUUUCUCACUGCUGUAAAAAUUUAUGCUAUAAAUGAAAUUCAAACAUUUACUAUCAA